CGACACUCACCAUCGGAGACGCUUCAACAAGUCGUGAGCGGUCGGAGCUCUCUGCGUCUUUUACUCAAACAACCAAGAACAACCCAGUUUACUUGUAUGCGAUAGUUUUAUUUAUUCAGAUAUGUAUUUAUUUAUACCUACAGUGUUUAUAUUUAGAUUUAAACCUCUAGAGGAAGAGUUUUCUGCGGUCCACUGACUUCAGCACGACUUUACGAUUUGUCGGUAAACUCUGAACAUGAGGAAUCCAGUGGACUUUGGACAUUUUUGUGUGGACCAGAGCUGUGUUCAAUGUCUGGAGCGCAGCUGAAAAGCACAACAGAAGUAUGAGGAAGGAUGCAAUAAAGCGUCCAGUAGAUCUAAAGGAAGUAGCUGUAAAUUCCCAAAGCUUCACUUUUGUUCAUUAACGUGUUGCCUGGAAAGCUGAGGAGGAGGAGGAAGAGGAGGAGGAUCUACACUGAGGGGUGCAUUGUAUGCCCUACUGCCCCCAAACCCCCAGCGGUUGUCAUGGUGAUGGGUUACUGUGACGCUUGCUGUAUUGAUUGUACGCAGUAACUACUCUUCACGCAGAUGGAGCCUCAGCUCAAGGCAAGAUGUCUUUGGGUUACCCAUCAAUUGCAAACGGAGCUUCUGUCGAUCAUCACACCGAGGCUACAGUGACGCUUAGCUGCAGCUCCUUUGAACCGAAGAAGCGGGAGAAUUCCGGUGCUCCUGUGAGGCCGGUCCACCCUGAGGCCUGCUGUGAGAAACGUGGGCUCAAUGGCACAAACCAUUAUCAGUGGUCCAACCCUAGUAUUGUUGAUGCACAAGAUAUAUCGCACCCCACCAAAAACGUACGCAUCUUUUCCUUCCAGCGAAAGUGUGGUGGCGCAGGCCCUGAAAAGACACCGCUACGAGGACCUGGUCUCCAUUUCAUGGGUUCCUUCAAAAAGUUGCGCUCCUCUGUUCUCCAGGGCAUCCAGAACAGGGGAGGUGUGACAGUAGACAAUCGGGAGAAAGAUGAGGAGAGCAAUGGUUUCUUUGUAACUAAAAGAAAUUUUGGAAGCGGUCAAACCAAUGGGAAGGAGAUGAUAACGGUUAGCAAUGGGGUAUCUCCAACUGUACCAAGAACAUGUGUUUUAGAUGUGGAGGAUGAUGACGAGGAAGAUGGCUGUGGCUUACAGAGGAACUCGCACUUCUCGCGGAGUAUACGUAGAGCAUAUGGAGCAGGACGCAUCUCCCUGAUGGACAACGGAAGAAAGCAGAUAGAAAGUCCGAGCGCUGAAGAACCUGCUUCUCGCUCUCGGCCCUGCAGCACCGUGGAAUCCAUUGAGCCCAAUGACAUUUUUGACACUGAUGUGAACGCCUUGAGUAGACUAAGCAAAAGUGCUGACAACUUGCACGUAUACAAAAGCCCUUUCAAACGCAAAGUACCCUCAACUCAGACCCAGAACCUGGAAGAUCCAAGCACCAAAAAUUUCCAGAGAACAUCCAGUGCUUCGUCUGUAGUUAUGCAGGAUUGUGUAUCAAGUCAAUGUAGGGGAGUUACAGGGGUGCGGGGAAAGAUGCUCAAACUCGUCGGCAGCUUAACAGAUCUGUCUGCCAACCGCAAGCCGAACAGCGACCCCACCAGCACGGCUGCCUUGUCGGCUCUCAGCCAGCUCCAUGAUGAGUAUUCCCGCAGGACUCCCUGCGUUCCUGCUAGCGAGCGUCAACGCAGGCCUCCACCGCCCAAUACCGGUACUAAAGUUCAGGCUGAUGUUCAUAACCACUCCCCGCUUAUACCCGCAGACGCCGUAGGACACGUUACCGUUAAUUCCUCGGAUCUUCAGGUUCCUCGGUGUUCCACAGCCACAGCUCAGGUCCCCGGUUCUUUUGUCCAGCUUCCAGUGAGCUCAACUUCGUGUUCAGAUAUUUCCAUCACACACAGCACUGGAAAUUGUGGGAAUGUAGAAGAAGAGCAAAGUUUGAAAAUUGACGUAAUUCAGGAUGAACAGUGCACCAGUCCAGGACAUGAGCAGAGACUGGACAGUAUUAAAGUUAACUUAGAGUGCAUCUGGAAGACUCUGGAGAGAGAGAGCGAACAUUUAGAGACGCCAUCUGGAGCCCCGUCUUUCACAGACGCCGUGAAGGAAAACGAUGAAAAAUACGGCGACUCUGUGUUUGUUAGUCCUCCUGUCACACCCACCUGUGCCUCAGCGUCGCCCCUGGCGACAGCCCCAACCUCGCCAGCCUCCUCCUGCGACACGCCCCUCGUUUCCGUGCCCAGGAGGAGUACGAACAGAAACAGACCUCGACCGAUCUCAGACUACGGACAGCUCGUCUGCAGGAAGUAUGCCGUCCCCAAGGAGGAAGUGGAACUCCAGGGUGAUGCUCAGGAGGAACGUAACGCUCCUGACGCACACGCCGAGCCGCACAAUCGAGAGACCGGCUGUGAGAAUGGACACGUGGACAGCAGGAGGAGGAGACCGAUCUCUAUGAUUGGAGGAGUGGAUCUGUUCGCAUCUCCGGAUGAGAAGGAAGACGCCGAUUUGCCAACUCCUGUUGUUCGACCCCCCGUACCCUCUCACGGCGUGCCUCCGUACCGCGCCGUGUCCGCCCGCCUGCGUCCCUGCGUCUUCUCCCAGAGCACACCGACAGGCCUGGACCGAGUGGGCUGGCGCAAACCACGCCGAGUCCUCAGUGAUGGGAGCUCAGGCCCUGAUGACUGUGUGAGUGAGGAGGACGGCAGUUUUGAUGAACUCACAGAAGGAACACCGUAUCUGCAGCCAGAGGUCGAUCUGUCCACUUUAAACCAGUAUAUCUCGUCAGGACACGUCGUUUAUGCCGAGGCUCUUUGGGACCACGUGACGAUGGGUGAGCAGGAGCUGGCCUUCAAAGCCGGGGACGUCAUCCGGGUACUGGACGCCCAGGAGAAAGAGUGGUGGUGGGGGCUGGUGGGCGAGCGGCAGGCCUGGUUCCCCUCCAGCUUUGUGAGAGUGCGUGUGAAUCAGGAGGACUCGCCCGGUGACGGUGUGGAGAACUCUCCGGAACAACAGGAGGCUCUUUCUAAAGAACCACGCAGCCAGACGUCUGAGCACCGAGAGCAGAUGAGGGCUAACGUGGUCCAGGAGAUCAUGAACACCGAGCGCGUCUACAUCAAACACCUCCGAGACAUCUGUGAGGGAUAUAUUCGUCAGUGCAGGAAACACCCAGGCAUGUUCACAGACACCCAACUCAAGACCAUCUUCAGCAACAUCGAAGAGAUCUACAAAUUCCAACGAAAGUUCCUGAAGGAUCUAGAAAGAAAUUAUGACAAAGAAAACCCUCAUCUGAGUGAGAUUGGGUCGUGCUUCCUUCAACAGGGUGAAGGUUUCUCCAUAUACUCGGAGUAUUGUAACACACACCCGGCGGCGUGCACAGAGCUGCACCGACUGAUGAAGCAGGGACGUUAUAAACACUUCUUCGAGGCCUGUCGCCUCCUGCAGCAGAUGAUUGACAUCUCCAUCGCUGGCUUCCUGCUCACGCCUGUGCAGAAGAUCUGCAAAUACCCACUUCAGCUGGGCGAGCUGCUCAAAUACACACCGAAAGGCCACAGUGACUACGCCGGAGUGUGUAAAGCCCAUGAGGCGAUGAAGAACGUGGCCAGUCUGAUCAACGAGAGGAAGAGGAGGCUGGAGAGCAUCGACACCAUCGCUCACUGGCAGGAGGCCAUCGUUCACUGGGAGGGUGAAGAUGUGCUAUCCCGGAGCUCAGAGCUUAUUCAUUCAGGUGAGCUGACGCGUGUGGUUCGUGCCGGGAAGACGCAGCAACGCAGCUGCUUCCUGUUCGACCACCAGCUGGUCUUCUGUAAAAAGGACGUCCUGUGGCGGGACCUUCUGCACUACCGUGGACGCCUUAGCACAGACAUCUUGGUACCUCUGGAUCUGCCUGACGGGCGUCAUCAGGACCUGGGAACGCUGAGAAACGCCGUCGCCCUGCGUAACCACGACACACUGGAGGUGUUGUGUGUGCUGAGCUGUAGGAAAGCCCAGGACAAGCAGCUGUGGCUGGAGGCUUUCAGUCGAGAACGCAGACGUGUGAAAGAGGACCAGGAGAUGGGAAUGGAGAUUAGUGAAACCCAAAGGAAGCAAGCGAUUCAAAAUGCCAGAAAAUCCAAGCAGGGCAAAAUUAAAAAUAUAAAAUACGCAGGUCACCCAGUGUCUCAUCACCACCAACCCUUACACCCUGUCCACCAGCGCCACAUCACUGUACCCACCAGUGUCCCCCAGCAGCAGGUCUUUUCUUUAGCAGAACCCAAGAGGAAACCUGCACAUCUGUGGUACACGUUCACGCGCAACGCUCUUUUCCGGAAAUGAACCAGAAAAAUAAAAACUUUUAUAAAUAUACUUUAAACGACGAUAUGAAGAAGUUCCUCGUACGGUCCCGGUGCCGAUGUGAAGGACGAAGGAAAACAAAAAUGAAGGAAGUCUGUGUGUGUGUGUGUGUGUGUGUGUGUGUGUGUGUGUGUGUGUGUGUGUGUGUGUGUGUGUGUUUGGUACCAAAAUUGUUGAUAGUCUAUAUGUCUUUGUGUUGCUGGUGUGGUAACGGUGCUGCUUGUAUAAGAUUUUGUAUCGUUCUGUUCACCACAUCACCGUAUGUUAAAAGCGACAACGUUGUGUAUUCAUCAGGCUUGUUGUUUAAUUUUAUAAAGGUAAGGCUGGAACCUUUUUUAAAAAGUUAGUCCUAACUUUAGAAAAGUCAGACACUGCACUAAUAAACUCAUGUUCUGUAAAUAAACACAUAGAAAAAGAAACGUA